CAGACAACAAGAUUCUGCGGGGCGAGGUCAUGGUUGCCCUGCACUUGAUGAUAGCGCAGUUGAGGCGAGUCCGCUUCAUCGAGCAGCUGACUGCACCGGUAAAGCUCACUUAUGCCCUUGGACCAUCCUCGGCUGCUGACUCGGUUCCACAAAGGUCCUGCUAUUCUCCUUCAUGGGACCCCAACAUGCUCGACUGGUCGAGGCAUAUUUCAACGGCACCUCGCUAGUAUUGCGUCCGACGCGCUUAUUUGACCUUCGCAAGAAGGAUUGGAAUGUUAUAAAGACCUUUGGUCAGUGGUAUUAUGGGCUGCCCGCUGGCGAUACUACACAAUUAUGGAGUUCAGAGUCUCAGUCAUCUACGCAGGUGUAGGUCGUUCUCACGCAGGGCGGCGAUGUAUAGGUAAUGGCGUUUGAGCGUUGGAUUCUUCAGGAUGGUUUCUGUGUAUUGAGGGGGUGUUCGGCCUACUUCACUAGUUCUGGAUGAUUGAAUGUCUAUAUUCCUGGGUAUAGCUCUGACCUUUCUUCUGCUGUCCCACGAUCUGGUAAUCCAUACUUAACCUGAUCUAUCAAACUGCGUUGAGGCAUACGGUGUCAAGUGGAGAUCCUUGUCCGAGACUCAAUUUACAGGAACCUGACCCAUAAUUGGACAUAGUGGCGAGCGAAGAAUGCAU